GUUACGCGAACCGAGCCAAAAAUCUUUUGGGAAGGGACGCGAGCAUGAUGGACCGAGACGCGUGGAAGGCGCGUGGCAACGCCUGCGUCCAGGCCGCGGCCUACGCCGACGCCAUCGCCGCCUACAACGAAGCGCUCAAGAUCGACGGCGACCAAGCCGGGACAACCGCGGUCCUCUGCAACCGUGCGUUCGCGUGGCUCCAGCUUGCCACACCCGACGCGCUUCAGAAGGCCGUCACCGACUGCUCGGCCGUGCUCUCGCACGAGAAGGCCAACGUCAAAGCCUUGUUUCGGCGCGCCUCGGCGCGGCAAGGCUUGCAGCAAUGGCAGGAUGCCAAGGUGGACCUUGAAGCCAUCAUUGCGCUCGAGCCAGGACACCCCCAGGCGCUCGAGGACCUGGACCGCGUUCGUAUCCAGAUCGCAGCCAUGACGGCCAACGGCCUCUUCGAUCCGUCGUUCCAGGCCAAGAUGCUCGCUUCGAUCGCGUCGGGCGAGGCCAUACCCUCGGUCGCGCCGCUACCGCCACCCGCGCCGGCCACACAGACAACACGGGCGAAGAAAGCUUCGAGCAAGGUCGACGAAGCCAUGGCCGAUCUCGUUCGCGAGUGCUCCGUCGCAGCGACGCCCGUGCAAAGCGCUGCGUCCGAAGCCGCGUGGCGCGAGCUCCAAGCCGCCGAACACGCGCUGCCCACCGUCGUUCAAAAGACCAAGUCGCAUAAGAAAAAGGUCGCCUCGCAAAGCUCCCGGAAGCGGCAAGCGCCUCCGCGGCCCAGCGCCAAGACGGACGCGCUCUGGCAGGCGCUGCUCGACGAAGAGAGCUCGACACGGACCCGGUUUACACGGGCACUGACGUCGCGGUCGUUGUCGUAGCCGCCGUUCAACGUCCAACAUGGUGCCCUGAUCCAUAGGAGAAAAGGAUGUCAACGCACGAUUACUGUAUUCGAGUCCCACACGGGUGCUACUUUUGCUGGC